CCCGAGGAGAUCUCGUCCAUGGUGCUGACCAAGAUGAAGGAGAUCGCCGAGGCGUACCUGGGCUACCCGGUGACCAACGCGGUGAUCACCGUGCCGGCCUACUUCAACGACUCGCAGCGCCAGGCCACCAAGGACGCGGGGGUGAUCGCGGGGCUGAACGUGCUGAGGAUCAUCAACGAGCCCACGGCCGCCGCCAUCGCCUACGGCCUGGACAGGACCGGCAAGGGGGAGCGUAACGUGCUCAUCUUUGACCUGGGCGGCGGCACCUUCGACGUGUCCAUCCUGACGAUCGACGACGGCAUCUUCGAGGUGAAGGCCACGGCCGGGGACACCCACCUGGGAGGCGAGGACUUUGAUAACAGGCUGGUGAACCACUUCGUGGAGGAGUUCAAGAGGAAGCACAAGAAGGACAUCAGCCAGAACAAGCGAGCCGUGAGGCGGCUGCGCACCGCCUGCGAGAGGGCCAAGAGGACCCUGUCGUCCAGCACGCAGGCCAGCCUGGAGAUCGACUCCCUGUUCGAGGGCAUCGACUUCUACACGUCCAUCACCAGGGCGCGGUUCGAGGAGCUGUGCUCCGACCUGUUCCGGAGCACCCUGGAGCCGGUGGAGAAGGCGCUGCGCGACGCCAAGCUGGACAAGGCCCAGAUCCACGACCUGGUCCUGGUGGGGGGCUCCACCCGCAUCCCCAAGGUGCAGAAGCUGCUGCAAGACUUCUUCAACGGGCGCGACCUCAACAAGAGCAUCAAUCCGGACGAGGCGGUGGCCUACGGGGCGGCGGUGCAGGCGGCCAUCCUGAUGGGGGACAAGUCUGAGAACGUGCAGGACCUGCUGCUGCUGGACGUGGCUCCGCUGUCGCUGGGGCUGGAGACGGCCGGGGGCGUGAUGACGGCCCUGAUCAAGCGCAACUCCACCAUCCCCACGAAGCAGACGCAGAUCUUCACCACCUACUCGGACAACCAGCCCGGCGUGCUGAUCCAGGUGUACGAGGGCGAGAGGGCCAUGACGCGGGACAACAACCUGCUGGGGCGCUUCGAGCUGAGUGGCAUCCCCCCCGCCCCCCGGGGAGUGCCCCAGAUCGAGGUGACCUUCGAC